AAGAAGAACCGGUCCAAGAGGUAAUCGUUCCCACUCUAUCGGCUGUUCUCCAUCUCUUCGGUUCUCUGCACAGAGUGUCUUGCAUUUCUCUCUUCGUGACCGGCCGUGGUUGGUUAUCGUAGCCGAUACUUUUGUUCCCGAUUAUUCGUACCAUUGUCUUUUGGAUUGAACGUUUCGUCGCUGCUUGGCCAAGAUGUUGCUGAUCCAACCGUCGGAAGAGAUGUCGAAGCAGAUUCGCGUGGAGUUGAAUGAAAAUGUGGCGACACGCGAUAAGGAUGUGGAAGUCAUCAAGGAAUGGCUAUCUAAGCAACCACAUUUACCCCAGUUCGAUGAUGAUUACAGACUACUGACGUUUCUUCGAGGUUGUAAAUUCUCCUUGGAAAAAUGUAAGAAAAAACUGGACAUGUAUUUCACGAUGAGAACCGCAAUCCCAGAGUUCUUUACUAAUCGAGAUGUCACUUUACCAGAACUAAAAGAAAUCACUAAAAUUAUUCAGAUUCCUCCAUUGCCAGGCUUAACAAAGAAUGGACGACGAGUAAUUGUAAUGCGUGGUAUCAACAAGGAUCUUCCAACCCCAAACGUGGCAGAAUUGAUGAAACUGGUUUUAAUGAUCGGCGACGUACGUUUAAAGGAAGAAUUAGUGGGAGUCGCAGGAGAUGUGUAUAUUUUAGAUGCUAGUGUCGCAACGCCAUCUCACUUCGCCAAAUUCACACCAGCUCUCGUGAAGAAAUUCCUAGUAUGCGUGCAAGAGGCAUAUCCAGUAAAGUUGAAAGAGGUGCAUGUGGUGAACAUUAGUCCUCUGGUCGAUACUAUCGUCAAUUUCGUAAAACCAUUCAUUAAAGAAAAAAUUCGCAACAGAAUCUUUAUGCACAGUGAUUUGAAUACUUUAUACGAAUAUAUCCCUAGGGAAAUAUUGCCAGCCGAAUAUGGCGGCGAUGCUGGACCUCUACAAAAUAUACAUGAGACUUGGAUAAAGAAAUUAGAAGAAUAUGGUCCCUGGUUCGUAGAGCAGGAAUCAAUAAAAACGAAUGAAGCACUUCGACCAGGAAAGCCAAAGACUCACGACGAUUUAUUCGGAUUGGACGGAUCGUUCCGACAGUUGGUGAUCGAUUAAAUCUAGAAAUCUGUCAAUGAUGACAACUUGAUUAACUUUCAUCUCGGUGCUAAUUCGAAGAAAAUUCGCUGGAA